GGAAGGUGGUGUAGUGAUCAGGUAGCUAAUAAUGUGACUUCUUUGCAACAUGUGUAUCAAUCUGUCCACGAGCCUAUGAACAAAACAGCGGGUAGGCGCGUGAUAGUGCACAUGAGACUUGUGUAUUUACGUUUUAAGGUCUUGUUCGGUCACACGUGUACCUCUUCAUCUGUCCGCCAACAUGCCCAGAGGAUACGAGCAGCUAAAAACUGCAUCCUUGGAUGAACCCAAGCAUGAAUCAACGCGAGCACCGAACAGGAUCACCUCUCUUCGUCUUGGCCUUUCAUUCAUCCUCAUCCUUGUAUUGGCUUCGCUUACCGUCAUCCAGAUCAGAUCCUCUACCUCUGGCUCCAAAAUUGUUUUCGGGGGUUCCGAGACACUUGCUGACUAUGAUGAAGAUAUCAAGAUCUGUGCAUCUAAUAUUCCGCCUCCUGCUCGCCCUCCAGCUCCAAUCAACCCAUGGGCCUCUCUUACCAUCGAUGAAAUGGUGGAAAUUCAAAAUUGGCUCCUGAGCACCCAAAUGAACCUAAACCUCACGCGAGGAGAUACAGCUCGGCCAUCCGAUAACUCCAUCUAUAUGAUACAGACAUACUAUCCUCCCAAGACUGAUGUCCUCGAGUACUUCUCGUCUUUGGAUCCUCGUGACGCACCUGCAAGGUUUGCUCGGGUUACCAUUCACCAUGGUGGGGCCGUGGAACCCGUGAUUAGAGAUUAUCUCGUCGGGCCGCUCCCAGUCACGCCAGCCACAGAGAUGACACAUUUGGCGAAUAUUUAUCAUACCGAAACUCUUCCCUAUAACGCAAGAGGAUAUGAUGCCCUUGACUGGAAUUUGCCCGAAAUCCACACUAAGAUAGCAGCUCCGCUGAUGGAUGCGUACAAGGAACUUCUAGGUGGUUUGCCCAAUGGUACUAUUGUUGCUGGAGGUGCUGGGCCGUUCGGUUUCGACGGAUCGUUCAGGCGCUUCUGGUUAAACUGGCAAAGAGACACGCCCGGAUUUUGGUUGCAUCCACUGAAUCUUUGGCAAUAUGUCGACGUCAGUGGUACUGAUACUUCGAAAUGGGACCAGCUGAAGAUUGUGUACAACCAUCAAGUAUUUGACACAGCAGAAUCAUUCAUGGAUGCGUUUCAUAAUGGUACGCUCAAGCGUGUGCCUCCAGUAACAAAGAAAGAAGAAGACCUUUCUUGGAGUACACGAGAACGUAUUGGUGCCUUACGCGACCUCGACAACCUUCCAGGACCUCGUUCUGUAUCUUUUGCUGGUUUGCGAUUUAGGGUUGAUUAUGACCUGCAAUACGUCAGUUGGAUGGGGUGGGGACUUUACCUGGGUUUCGAUCGCGACAUGGGACUAAACUUGUGGGAUAUACGCUUCCGAGGUGAGCGGAUCAUCUACGAGGUAAUUGCCCAUCGUCUACUGCACUACUUUAACUCCGGGAAUGAUCCGUAUAAGUCGAGCACUGCACUUCUAGAUUCAUACUUUGGCAUGGGGCAGUCGGUUCGCGACCUGCUUCCAGGAUAUGAUUGCCCAGAUGAGGCGAUUUACCUCCCAGCUACCACUUUUUCUGCGACUGGGAUGAUGUCUAGGAAGCGAGCGAUAUGUAUCUUUGAGCAGGAUAGCGGACGUCCUAUAUCAAGACAUCUUGGUUUUGAGCGAAGUGAAUUUGGUGCCGUCAAAGGUUACCAGCUGGUCAUUAGGAGCGUUGCCACCGUUGGAAAACCCUCUCCCAAGUUUGAAUAUAUCUUCCACGUCGAUGGAACUAUCGAGGUUCGUGUAUCAGCAUCCGGAUACCUUUUAUCAGGGUUCUGGGAUGACGAGCAAGGAGCUUACGGAAGCAAAAUCUGGAACACCACUCUUGGAAGCCUCCACGAUCAUGUCAUCAACUUCAAGGUCGACCUUGACGUAGGAGGAACACAAAAUUCGCUGUUGAAAACAAGUCUUAGUCAGGAGGUCACCACUCAACCGUGGUUCGACGACGAUUGGGGCGAAGAAGUGAUCCAACAAAAGAUCACCCGUGAAUACAUCGAUAACGAAGACGAAGCCCUGCUGAGAUUCCCCGCCAAUUUCCAAGGAGGUUAUACUAUUGUGAAUACUGAUGAAACCAAUAAAUGGGGAAUUCCUAGAGGAUACGCAAUCCACCCGGGAUACUCGCCGGUUUAUAAUACCGUCGUAGGAUCUAAGCGUCUGCUCAAGAAUGCCAACUGGGCGCGUUAUAACCUGGCAGUGUCCCGUCGCAAAGAUACAGAGCCCUCUUCCAGCAGCAUGUGGAACUUUAAUCUUCCAGGGGCUCCCCCUGUCGACUUCCACAACUUUUUCGACGGUGAAAAUAUCACUCAACAGGAUCUGGUGACCUGGAUUAACGUUGGGAUGCACCACUUAGUAAGUUUGCCUUCUAGUAUCUCAAGGAUUUUCUUCCUGACACCUUUUAAUUAUUUCGACUACGAUGUGUCGAUCGAGUCUGCCAACGCCAUACUGCUCCAGCCUCCCAAGAAGCCAGGAGACCCGUUUUCUUAUGAUGAUUAUAAUGUUCGUCCAGCCCACUGCGUCCCGCAACCACCUGCCGCAUUCGAGUACUAUCCGGAGCAGGUGUACGACCUGGAUGGGAAACCUGCACCUCCCUCAACGGUGGAAGAGAUGAGGAAGGCUUCUGAGCUUUACCUUCGUAUCAAGUUUGAGCUUUGACCACGGGAAUGCUAAAGAUUAUGGGAGUUAGCUUAGCUUGUUUAUGUACCAUUUUGAAGAUUGUGUUCAUCCGUCGGGACUUGAGAAGCAGUGUUUCUUUCAGGAAAUUUAUGCGGGCA